ACCGGCAGUAUCUUGAUGGGGAAGCUGAUCUCCAAAGGCUGGAGGAAAAGAGACGCUCGAGUUAUCAUGCUGGGGCUCGACUUCGCUGGCAAAUCCACCCUUCUGUACAAACUGAAGAGCGGCCAGGCUGUGGAGACCUGCCCCACGGUGGGAUUCAACGUGGAGUCUCUGAGAACUCCCUGUGGCAUUUCCUUCACCCUCUGGGAUGUGGGGGGACAAGACAGCCUGCGGGCCAGCUGGCCGAACUACCUGGAGGACAUCAACACCCUCAUCUUCGUGCUGGACAGCACGGACACGGCCCGGCUGGCCGAAGCCAUGGCAGAGCUGGAGGAGGCCCUGAGGCACCCCGGCAUGGCUGGCACCCCCGUGCUGCUCCUGGCCAACAAGCAGGACGUGCCGGGAGCGCUGGCUCCUGCCCAGCUCGGGGAGAUGCUGCGGCUGGGGGGGCUGGCCAGGCACCGCUGGAUGCUCCGGGGCUGCAGCGCCCACACCGGCCAGGGCCUGCAGGAAGUGCUGGCCAUCCUGGGAAUGCUGCUGCGGGGCUCGGGGCACAGCUCCCUGUCCCAGGAGCAGCUCAUCGCGGAGCUGGCGGAGAGGAGGCAAGCUCCAGAGCAAACCUGACCCUCACACGGACCCCUCCCUCUCCCGGCUGCCAGCAGGUUUGUCGUGGGGGAUCCCGGCCUCCAGGCACCCCUACAAGGA